AGCCUCGACAAAAGUAGCGUUAGAUUAUACUCACGAGCACGAUGGAUAAUAAGUACGAUCCUCCUCCGAGCCUCAGAACGUAAUCAUCUGGCUUUCGUUGAACAACAGUAUCUCCUCAGCGCCCAGGUCUAUCCGCGUUUAUUAGACAAGUCUGCGGGCCUCUUCCGUGUUUUUCCGAUCUCUCUGAUGAUGUCCGCUCGCUCGCGAGUCGACGAGUAUAGAUAGGCUCUGGCAAUGAUGAAAAUUCACUGCUGGUCGCAGACUGUCCGUAGCAGCGACGUCAGUCAACGAAGUGACGGUACAGGAACGGACCUCUUUCCGCCGCCAGCUGAUGUUCGUCUCCUGUUCUGCCCCCCCCCCCCAACCCUGCUGAUGUGUCUCUGCGCCACUCGCGCGCUGCGCAAACGCGACAUAAUGUAUUUGUGGAUCUAACGGAGAUUCGCGAGUCCUUUAAAAGUGAAAUGUGUAAGAGACUCGAUGAUAUACGCCCAAAGUCAAUGGUUUUACUGUAAUUUGGGCUGGAAUCGUUUAGCAAGGUGUGUGUGUGUGAUACAGGAUACAAGGAGCAGCGAGUGUAGGCUGGGGUUAGGUCGGCCUUUUGGCGCCAACUCCGCGUCUUGCUUUCGGAGCUGCAAAAUAUCGCGAUGAUGGACAGUAAUUAUCAGACGUCCAGGCAACAGGACAGUAGGACGGGUAUGCUGUCGAGGACAGCUGGAAUUCGAGAAUCCAGAAAGUUCUUCAGUCUCGUGUCCAGGACGUUACUGCCGGCUGAGGACGAACAGCAGCAGGAUGAUCCGUUGCUAGAUUUGGAGGAAUUGCUAAGACAAACGUGGAACAUCUGGGGAGUAUCCGUCCUCUUCGAUUUUCACUGCGACAACGAAGUGCAAUUAAAGCAAUACGCCAAGAAGCUGAGAGAAGAAGUCGCUUGUAUUCUAUCCCAAGACGACGUUAGCUACGAGGCCAAGAUCAGCGUUUUGGAUAUUCAGCGGCCCAAAGAAACCGAUCACCCAGUCGUAAAGAUCGAAGUACACGCACGACUGACCGGUCGCGAAGACAAGGAGAGCUGCGUCUACAAGGGCUACCUGUUGUCCUGGCGCUCGCACACGUUGACCGAUGUACCCACCGAGAACUCAAGUCGACUACCUCUAUUGUUAUGUCGCGGUACGCCGAAGACAAUGCGUGCGGUGCACGCGACCCUGACACGGAUGUUCGACUGUAUGUUCGUCGGAUUGCCGGCCAACGCCGAGGAUCUCAUGUGGCUUUUGCCUAUCAUUAUCAGUCCCGGAGGUGGACAGGAUACGGCUCGCGAUAGCGACGAGGCGCUGCUCGAGUACGGCGUACCUGGCUUGCCCAACUCCGAGAGCAUCACCAUCAAGUUUCACGUGAAAAAUUUGACGACUCUUUGGAAGAGCUUUUUAGACGAUAAGGACAAGAUAGACGCGGAGGAAGUCGAGAAGUUUCACAAGGUGCUCCAGAGGCAAGUUAUGGAAAUCAGCAAUGUGCAGCUGGGACUCUGCAUGCUUCACAGAAUUCAUCUUCCCUGUCUGACGAUUUCGGGUAGUAAGAUGAAAGUCAUGAACGUGGAAGCGAUGGACACUAUUUUGACAUACUUGAACGAGAAGGCGUUGGAUGCACUUCACGUCAAUACAUCGCAACUCAGCAUUUCAAAAUGACAGUAUUCUUUUCCUUUACGAUUGUGUCUUUAUAUUUUUUUUUUAUUCGCGUAUUGUAAUACUAAAAAUAAUGUAUGUACAUCCUUAUUGAUGCUAGUUUUAUAACGUUACUGAAGUGGCUUAUCUGAUGCUGUGAUAUAAAAGUGCGUUGUGGCGGUUGACAAUAGUACAAUUCGAAAUAAAUAAUUUGAAAAUUACA